GAGACAAUAGGAAAUAAAUGGAUUUACGCACUCUGCAUGUUUAUCAUGAAAUGGCACUGCUCAUGCAUUGUUGUGUUGUUUUAAACAAUUUGCUCUCAAUCUUUGAACCUCUGUUCUAUUUUUCCUUUUUCUUUCUUUGAGAAAAACUUGUCCGUUUUAAGCGUAAGGGCUCAUCUAUUGCUUGGUAAGGAGAAGAAUCUGAAUACUUCUGUUACACAGGUUUGAAGGGACCAAUGUUCGUUUUUUGGAUCAUCGAAUCUCAGUUCCCAUUAUGAGGUGAGAGUAUGGAGAGACCUUCACGGACUCGCAUGGUUAGUGACACAUUUUGUAAACUGCUAUUUGAUACAUUAUUUUACAUAUGAAAACUCCCAAUACAACCGCACCAAAAUCGGAUAUUAUUUGUUAAAAAAAAAAAAAAAGAAGAAGAAAUAUUAACAUCAGUACAGCAAAAUCUUGUUUGUUUCAACACCGUAGUCACGAGAUUUGGUUAUUCCAACUUCCAUUCACAAACAUACGAAGAUUGGCUUUUCGACUUAUUAGUGAUCUAAAUCCAAAAAUCUCUACAACACUGCUUUAUAUAUCCAACGGUAUUCCAACGGUCACUUCCGUUCCCCUCUCCUCUUCUUCCACCUCUCUCUCUCUCCCCAUUCUUAAUUCCUAACCAAACCCAAAUGGCUUCAUCAGCGACACUCCCUUUCUCCGUAAUCCCUCCACCCACCAUCACCACCUCCUCACCGAAACCCCCUCCGCCGCAAAACCCCAACCUCUCCGUCCUCCGCCUCUGCACCCACCUCCGCGAGGCCACCCAAGUCCAUGCCCUCAUGAUCAAAACCUCCCAAUCCUCCGACCCCUACUCCGCGGGGCGCCUCGCCGAAUUCUACGCCGUCUCCCCCGGCGGAAGCCUCGACUUCGCCGCGAAGCUCCUCGACACAUUCCGAGACCACCCACCGCCCAUGUUCAUAUACAACACCUUAAUGCGAGGGUACCUUCUCAAAAACCAUCCCCUGCAAUCCCUUCAUCUCUUCCGCGAAUUGCUCCUUGCGUCGGCCGAGCCCGAUCACUUCUCGUUCACUUUCGCACUCAAAGCUUGCACCCAAAUUCACGCUCUUCGCGCCGGAAUGCAGCUCCACGCCCAUGCAAUCAAGCGCGGGAUCGAUUCGAAUGCCCAUGCGCGCAACAAACUGAUCCAUUUAUAUGCAGUGUGCGGUGUCGUGCGCGAUGCUCGCAAGGUGUUUGAUGGAAUUACUGAACUGGACUUGGUUGCGUGGAACAGCAUGCUUGAAGGUUAUGCUGAUAACAAGGAUGGGGACUCUCUCCAUGAGCUGUUUGAUAGAAUGCCGGCUCGAGAUGUGGUCUCUUGGAAUACGCUGAUGGCGUAUUAUAUUGAGAUGGGCGAGUUUGAGGAGGCGGUGGAUACAUUCCGAUCGAUGCAGGAGAGUGGGGAAUGUUGCCCUAAUCGCGUGACUUUGGUUAGCGUGCUAUCCGCUAUCACCCAUUUGGGUGCGCUCGGUCAAGGCUUAUGGGCACACGCCUAUAUAAACAGAAACCAAAUUGAGCUCGAUGAGAACCUAAGUUCUUCGUUGAUUAAUAUGUAUUCUAAAUGCGGGUGUAUUGAGGGUGCAGUGUAUACAUUUCAUGCUACGAAUCGUAAGAGUGUGGAUACUUGGAAUGCUAUGAUAUCGGGUUUCACAGCAAACGGCCACAGCUUAAAAGCCGUCGAGGUUUUCUCCACCAUGGAAUCUUCCAAAGUGGGGCCGAACAAGAUUACCUUUGCUUGUGUGUUAAAUGCUUGUAGCCAUGGAGGAUUAAUUGACGAAGGAAUGAGGAAUUUUAGGAAAAUGACUGAAAUUUACAGGAUCGAGCCCGACAUUGGACAUUAUGGUUGCAUGGUGGAUCUUUUUACCCGUGCGGGCUUGUUCGAUAAGGCUGAAGAGUUGAUCCAAACCAUGCCAUUUGAACCCGAUUCUGUGAUGUGGAAAGCCAUACUCGGGGCCUGUAGGAUUCAUAAGAACUUUAUGCUGGGUGAGAAGGCCGGACUUAGGCUCAUUGAGGUGGCCCCAAAUGAUAAUGCUAGUUAUGUACUAUUAUCGAACAUAUAUGCGUUAUCGAGUAACUGGCGUGGGGUACAUAAGGUGAGAAAGAUGAUGUCCGAUAAAGGGAUUAAGAAAAUACCAGGGUGUAGUUCUAUUGAACUAGAUGGUGUGGUUCAUGAAUUCAUUGCAGGAGAUAAUGGUCAUCCAAGGAAGAGAGAGAUUUAUGAGAUGUUAAGUGAGAUGGGGGAGAAAUUGAAGCUUAAAGGAUAUGAGGCUGAUACUACCCAAGUGCUUCUUGAUAUUGAGGAGGAGGAAGUGAAGGAGAAUUCAUUAGCUCUCCAUAGUGAGAAGCUCGCAAUAGCCUUCGGACUUAUUAGCACAAGUCCGGGCACCACCAUUCGGAUCGUGAAGAACCUGCGAGUUUGCGGGGAUUGUCAUGCGGCUAUUAAGCUUCUCAGCAUGAUAUACGAUAGGGAUAUAAUAGUAAGAGACGCAAACCGGUUCCAUCACUUUAGAGAAGGAUCUUGUUCUUGUAUGGACUACUGGUAGCGUCUUAAUUUGAUUUACUAGCAGCAGGGAGGGGAUUAUGUGAAUGUUCAUUCAUAUUCUUUUCCAAUAUAAGAGGUUUAAGUUCUUCAUGCGCUCCAAUUGUGAAUAUUCCUACCUAAAAGCAUGAUGACAAAUUCUGUCGAACA